AUGGCGUCACUUCCAAAGUUCUCGACCAUCCUCACCUGGACUUUAUACUUCAUCCCGGUAUAUAUCUUCAUUCUAGAGCCGCUGCUACGCGACUCCUUCCCGGGCCUGCAGGCAGGCUACCCCGACAGCACCUCGCUCUUCGACUCGUCCGACGCCCCAGGACCAGGAAUCAACCUCACCGACGACAGCUUCAUCAGCCCAGAAGAUGGCGUGCCGUUCACCUGCCCGGGGUCAGAGGGCUAUCAAGUGCAUCUGCUCUCGCGCGAGCCGCUGGUCAUGUACAUCGAGAAUUUUGUAUCAGAAGCCGAAGCAAACCACAUACUGGACAAGAGCGUGAACAAAUACACACCCUCAAUAGUCUAUGACGGCCAAACCGAACGGAUAGACCCAAGCAAACGCCUCUCCGACCGCGCCCUUCUCGACCGCGACGACACAAUCCGCUGCCUGGAAGACCGCGCGCGCGCCUUCCAGGGCUGGCAUCCGGACCUGUACAUCGAGCGCAUGUGGGCGCAGCGCUACAAUGCCUCCGGCCACUACCGGCACCACUACGACUGGGCCGGAUCACUGGCUCGGGGCGGGGACCGCUUCAGCACAUUUAUGGUGUAUCUUGAAGCAGAUUGUGAGGGCGGUGGAACGAAUUUCCCGCGGUUGAAGAUGCCGGCUGGGAAGGAGUGGUGUCGGUUUUUGGAGUGUGAGCGGUCCGGGAAGGGGAAGGAGAUGGGUAUCACGUUUAAGCCGAUUAAGGGGAAUGCUGUGUUUUGGGAGAAUCUUCGUCCGGAUGGGACGGGGUAUCCGGAGACUUGGCACGCUGCGUUUCCGGUUACGAGGGGAAAGAAGGUUGGGUUGAAUAUUUGGAGUUGGUAUCAGCCGAAGCGGAGGAAUCGGGGGAGAUGA